AUGGAGAGGCCUCCGGAGGCUCCCACUGGACAAAGAAGAUCGUUUGGUGGGCACACGAGAAAGAGGGCCUUUUCAGUGGCAGCCCCACCCGGGAAAGAGGGCAGAUUCAGCUCAGCAGUGUCACGGGGCAUCCGCGCUGGUUUCGAAGGAGGAAAUGGCCACAUCUGGGUUUUCCGCUCAUUCCAGGAGGGAACUUUCACCGCCUCUUUUAUUCUGACGUAUCUUUACAUGACUGUAGAGCAUGAGAGCUUUUUAAAGAAGAAAGCGCCGCAAAAAGCGAAGGACGAGCCAGGCAAGGAAGCCGCCUCCCCAGCGACGGAGAACAAAACAAACAGGCGUGAGAUGGAGUGCGACAGGAAAAGCGGCGACCCUGAAGGCAUCGAUCAAGGCAAGAGCUGUAAGAUGUCUCCGGUGACUCUCAACGUCGGCGGCUACCUGUAUGUCACACAAAAGCAAACCCUCGUCAAGUAUCCGGACUCUCUGCUGGAACGAGUGGUCAGCGGGAAGAUCCUAUGCCCCUCUGAUGCAGAUGGCCAUUAUUUCAUCGACAGGGAUGGGCUGAUCUUCAGGCAUGUUCUGAACUUCCUCCGGAACGGGGAACUGCUCCUGCCAGAGGGAUUUCAAGAAAACCAACUUCUGGCACAGGAGGCAGAAUUCUUUCAGCUUAAAACGCUCGCCGAGGCUGUCAAGGCCAGGUGGGAGAAGGAGCAGCAGGCGUCCAGAGAGGCCACCUUUCUGGAAAUCACGGACAGCCACGACCGUUCGCAGGGCCUUCGGAUUUUUUGCAACGCCCCGGAUUUCAUAACAAAAAUCAAAUCUCGCAUCGUUUUGGUGUCCAAAAGCAGGCUGGAUGGCUUCCCGGAAGAGUUCUCAAUCUCUUCCAACAUUAUACAGUUUAAAUACUUUAUAAAGUCAGAAAAUGGCACACGGCUUGUUCUGAAGGAAGACAACACUUUCGUUUGCACCCUGGAAACGCUCAAGUUUGAAGCGAUCAUGAUGGCACUGAAAUGUGGAUUCAGACUGCUGACCAGCCUGGAUUGUUCCAAGGGGUCAAUUGUUCACAGCGAUGCUCUUCAUUUUAUCAAGUAAUUACUACUUCUUCACUCAAUGGACAAAAGGCCACGAGCAUGCAGCCUGCCAAACCUCAUUAAACCACCCGGAAUCACAAUCAAUUUAUCCCACUCUGCUCUCCGCAGAGUACUGCUGCUAAAUGUGAGCUAAUGGUAUGUAAAUUGUUACAGCCAUCUCUGAGUUCAUUGUGCCUAAAUUUAAUAAUAAAAAAUAUAUUUACUAAAUGUGAUGGGAAAUCAGUCUGACCAUGAAAGCAUUUGCAUCUGUGCUUCUUAACGCCUUUCUCUCCACACAGAAUUUUGCUGAGAGGUUAGUGCGUUUAUAUG